AUGCCUUUGCGAACGGUUACCAUCGGGAUAAACAGGGAACAGGAGCCAGAAAAAGUCACACAGGCUGGGGUCCGGGACGUUGGCGAAACACCCGGAAAGAUCUCAGAAUAUCAAAUCCGGGAGCAGAGGGAAGAUGGGGAGGAGGCCGGGAAGCUCAGGUCUGGGGAGGGAAUCGUUUGCCUCCUGGCUCGGCUAGUGGGUAACAGGCCGGACUUCUCACGGCUUCUGGGCCCCAUCAGAUAUCCUUGGUGCGAUCGGACUCAGAUCUCGUUGCCUCCACCAGGCCAGCGUGGGCAAGGCACAGGCAAGGGGUGCAGCUUUCGGACGGAGGGCUCCACACCCAUCCCGGGGGCCCUCAGCUCCCCAGCUGGGGCUGGGCCCAGCCGGUCACCAGCGCCGCCCGCCUAUGUGUGCUGCAAGGGGGUGACCAAGUCCCCCACCGGCUGGGGCGCGGGCAGCCCCUGCGCAGCUGCACGCUUCUGGGGCGCCGGCUGCCUCCGGAGCUGGGCAGGGCCUGGGGCUCUGGGCUGCAUCCGCAAACGUGACUGUGGCCGGCGGGGCGUCCCCGGGGCCCCGCGAGAGGGGGCGAGGCCUGGGCCGCCGCCGCACCGGGAAUCGCGCACCUUCGCCCGCGGCGGCAGCGCGCAGGGGCCGGGUGGGGGGGGGGCGCAGCGCGCGGAGAACAUCGCGGGCUCCCCGGCCUUGGAAGGAAUUCUUGCAAAGGCGCCCCCUUUUCCUGACCAUUGGGGGAGAGGCCUGAGCGCCUGGUCAAGUUCACUGGCCGGUCCGCGUCUGGCCCCAGCCCCUGUGGACCGGGAGGGUUGGGCUCUGGGGACGUCGCAGGGCUCGCAGGGAAGCCGCGAGGACUUUGCAGGAGCCUUGAUUCUAGAAUCUAGGCUGCAGCUGCGUGGUCACCGCGAACCCCCUGACUCCCAAGAGUUCGGUUCCGGCCGGGACGCGCGCCGGGGCUUAAGCUUCAGGGAGACGCGCGGCUGCCGAGCGCCCUCUAGCGUCGGCCUGGGGGAGCGGCUGGACUCUGGUCCUCAGUGCCAGCUGGCUGAGGAGGAGGCCUGGGUUUCACAGACUGCCAGCAAGCUGCAACCUCUCUUUGGCUCUGUGAGGGAGAUAAAACAGGAGCCUGCGUUUUCAGGGUGCUGCUCUAGUGAACCUCAGAGCCAAACCACCAAGGAGUCUGGAGAGGGGGCAGAUGUGGAAAGAAAACUUCAAGCUCUUUCUUUGACCUUGGCUAAGGUCGUUGCCUCUGGCUUCACUCGCCCGCCCUUCCCGUUGUCUUGGCCAAAGGCGCUGGGGACAGGAGAAAAAGGCGCCUGCAGCUCCGUGCAUCUCCGCCAACUUCGGGGCAGAAAGGCGCGGGCUGAGUCCGGCUGGACGCCGCAAAGGAGCAGGCCAAUCCCGAUCCCAGCCGGUCCCAUCCGGUCCCAUCCGAUCCUAUCCGAUCCGCCCGGCGGCAGGGCCCCCUCCCGCCUCCGCCGCUUUGGCCGCGCCCCGCCCCCACACCCCAACUCCCAAGGACACUUGUCGCGCGCUUCGGACGCCGGGCGGCUUUCGGUCUCUAUCGGCUCCUCCUGCGCUGCUUUUGUCUUUCUGCGCGCGGUGGCUUCUCCGGGCGCGCUCCUCGGCCUGCGUCUUCCUGCCUGUUAUUCUCGCUUUCUCUGUCUCGCACACGUGCGCGCACACGCACACACUCACUCACACGCGCGCACACUCACGCCCUCUCUCCUUCCUCCUCCCGCCGUCUCCGCGCUGCUCCUCCCAGGAGCGCAGGGCCCAUCCCGGCCUCGCCACGCGGGAUCCGACGGCGUCCCGGGCGGGCGCGGGUGGGACCUGCGGGGACCACGCCCGGGGGCAGCGGGGAACCGAAGCGCCAGUCCCCGUCCCGCCUCCGGCCCUGAUCCAAGCCCCCACUCCCGGGCGCCAGGGGACGCCACACACGCGAGCCCCGCGCCCCAGCGCCGUCGCGCCACCGCGCAGAGCCCAGACGCGGCCCCCGGGCCUCCUGGGGGCGGGGACGAGGCGGCGACCCGGGGCCGCCAGGCCCCUCGCCCCGGACGCGUUCCCCCUUCGUCCCCAGACGCCCAGGUUCCCGCGGCGCAGCAGGACGCGCGAGGCCCGUGCGGCGGGAGAGAGGACGCCAAAGGCGACACCGCAGACCAGCUCCAGGCCCAGCCAGUGGCCUCAGGACCCGGCCUUUCCCUUCCCUGCCCGGAGAACGCAAACCCAGGGCGCCGCCUAGAGGCCAGGAGGGGAAGGGAACCUUUUGAAGUUCUUCAGCACGGUGAAGUUUAUUGGAUUUCCGGUCCCCAAGAUUUAUACCCAGGAGGGUGAGUGGGAGGCCAAGGCAGCCCGUGGUUACCUUGGGUUUCCCAGCUGGACACGUGGCCGCUGAGACUGUCACCAGGACAAGCCAGGAGGGAGCCCCAGUGACCCGGACAGACAGGGACUGGAGCUUGGCACCGUGUAAGAGUCGCCACCACCACCACCGUUGCCACCCACUAGCUCAGAGUGGCCUUGCCUGAGUUGGGGGUUCUUCUAGAAAACAGAAGUUUCUGCAACCCAAGCUGGACCAGCUCCUCCGGGCAGCUUUUCCCUGUAGCCGUGGGUCCAGUUCUUCGGAUGGGGUGUUGCUUGGUGGCCACCGGAUCUGUGGGAGAAGGGGCAGGGGAAUAAGCAGAGCACAGGAAGUUCAGCGGUGAGCAGAGCCGGGGGCCAGGGAGGGCUGCAAGGUGGCCGUGGGCCCUGCCCAUGAGCCCUUGGGCUGGUGCUUGAACUAGGACUGCUGGGUGAAUUAGGUAGUUUCAUGUUGUUGGGCCUGGGCUUCUGAAAACAACAACAUCAAACCACCCGAUUCACGGCAGUUAAGGCUCCUGCUUAGCUGGAGGAGUGAGGGUGGCAGUGGGGCUCAGGGCUGGUGUGGUACCCUAACCCCAACCCCAGACAGAUCAGGGGCGUUCUGGGGUAUCCUCCCACUUCUGGACAUUUUCAGUGUGUUUGGGGUACAAGGGGGCAGUGGGGGAGCACAAGACUUUCUGAAGCCACCUCCGGUCUGCAGAGCCUCAGCCUCCUGCCCCAGGGUCUCGGGCUCCUGUCUGCUCUCAGAAGCUUCCAGAGACUUCUCAGUGUAACUAUACAGAGGCACCACUGCUUGAAGGUUGGGCUUCCACAGGGACAUGGGAGGCCUGAGGUCUUGGUAACCUUUUGAGGGGACCAGGCUCCUCCUUCAAAGGAAGUUUUAGGUGCCUCUAGAGGGCUCUAUGGGCCCCUUUCAGUGGAAGGAAAACCUGGGAAUCCCUGUAACCUCAGCUCACAGACCCUCAAGUCUCUCCUAGGCCUCCUAGUGGGGUAGGCGCCCUAGGGGUGGCUUCAGAAAAGCUGCCUCCUCUGCUGGGCUCCAGCUGCCUCCUUUCCCGCUGGGCUCAGGGCUGGGCAUGGGGUCCCGCAGGUCCUCGGGGCCAGGUCCUUGCAGCCCUUCUUAGGAAGGUGCUUGCCCUGCUGGGCAUUCAGCACAGGCUGGUGCCGACACAGAGCCAGGCAGGGACGGGUGGACCUGCGGCACCCUUUCUGACCCCGGCCCUCUUAAGACUGCUGGCUGUGUGCCCAGCGAAGGGGCCACUAGAAGCGAAGCCCUCCCCAAAGCAUAGGCUCACUUUUGUUCCUCAGCUUCCCCCCUGCCUGAGGGAAAGGAAAUAUGCAAAGGGGCCCGGAAGAGGCUGGACCGGAUGGGCUCUGGUGGCGCCAGGCUGACUUGGAGGGCCAAGGGGCUGGGGGAACAAGGGGUCUCUGCUGGGACAGAGAAGCCGGGGGACCGGCUCAGAAUAGGAAGGCAAGGGAAACACAGCCUCACUCUGUCUUGAUACCUUAAGGCCUGGACAUUUGGUCAUCUCGGGUUCAGUCCAAAGGGCUGGGGUGCCUCCUCCUCCUUACCUUGCUUCUCCGGCUGCCCCCAAACCUGCCCCAGCCUUGGAGCCAUCCCUGGCGUCUCUCGGCCACCCCCUCUCAGGAAAACUGCUGUAAAAACAGAAAAAAAGGGGGAUAUUUGAGAGAAAGGAGGAAAUAAAGUCUUUGGAAAGCGGAGGGUUUUACAACA